AUGAGGACUUCACUGGCUUUUUCUUGUUCAUUGAUUAUAUUCCUAUUGUUACUCUCUCAGCCUUUUGCAAUUUCAUCUGAAAAUCAGGAAAGCUUACCUCAAGUACUGACCACUUGGGGACGAAGGCUUGCACAACACGGUGACUCCAAUCCAGUAGAUCAUCGUGACGUCUCUCUUCGAUUUUUCAUGAGGAAAGUUCGUGUUGGUGGUGGUGGUCGUCGUACUCACCGUCGUGUCCCUAGUAGUGGCCAUGGUGGCGGUGGUGGAUCGUCGGCUACUUGUCGACCUUCUCUCUCGAUCGCAUUGCGUUUUGGUUCCACGGUCUUGAGCUCUAUUCUACUGAUAUUCUUCGCCUUCUAGGUUAACCUUUUUCUUUUUAAUUUUGUCUUUCUAUUCUAUCGUGUGUAUCUUGCGAGCUUCUUUUUCUUUUGUGAAUUAUUUUGUUCAUAUUGUUAUUGUUCUAAAUCCUUCUAGUUAUGUGACAUGAUUUGAAACAAAAUAUUUAUUAAUUGAUGUGUAUAGUUUGG